CGAUUCGUUCCUUCUUUCGGGUAGGCUAGCAGUCUUUGGAUCAUUUUUCACGUGACUUGCAUUGGCUCAGAAGAUGAAACAGAAAGCAUGCGUUUACCUCAUUCACUCUCGCGUGACUAGGUUGAAAUGAAAUGAACGUAUGACUCGAAAAAAGAUUCGUUCACUUUACUGAACGAGAUUCAAAAAACCAAGUCAGUAAAAUGAUCCGAACUUCCCAACUAUUUUUUUCACCAGCAUUUUCAUCUCCUCCAUUUUCAAUCCACAUGCCCUUAUACAUAACCUCAAUUUUGAUCAAUUCAUCUUUGUUACUUUCAUCUUUCAUAUAUGCUUGUAGAAUCCGGUUAGCAGAUGUAGGCUACGUUGAGGUUGCCAGGUUGCAUGUCGGGUAGGCUCUGUCAAGGUUGCUUUCUUUAGCCUAUCAGCUUCUUUCUGAGAGACUAUUCGUAACUAAUUGAUUAGGCUCAAAUAAAUAAAAUAUAUCUAGCCAACCAUAUAAAUGAAUUUGCUUUUAAAAUUGUUUAACAAUUGUAUAGCCUUUAACAAAACCCAGUGUUUCUUGUUCAAACUUUGUGCUUACGUCUGACGGUUGUCCAACUUGCGUAUAGGUUAGGCAACUGAACUAGUCUCAAAAUGGAAGCGAGACGAACAAAGUUUCUGUUUCUUUUUCUGACUCCAUGCGAGAAGCUCUACCACACAUUUGACUAGCCUAUAUUUAAGCAUUGUUUAUGCAGUUGUUUUGAUUUAAAAUAGUCAAACAAACUAAUGUCCGUUUUUUCUGUAGUUUAUAAUGGCAAAUGUUAGUCUUAUUUUGGUAAACUGGUUUAGGCCACUUCCUGGUUGCCUCUGACUACCUGUUGUGUAGUGACUUGGAGUGGAAUAUUCUGAGCUCAUUUGGAACGUCGAUAUUUACCCAGGAAUCGUCAAGAUUAAAGAAUUUGGAUGUUUCAUGGAGGCCCUCGCUGUAAAAAAUCUACUAUCAAGAGGAAACUAUCUGAUUGUAUACGUUUUCAACCAUGGAAAUUGAGAAAGGUUUUCUGGAACCUUUGGUCGCAGGUUCGGAGGUAUUUGACAAGAACAUUUUGCCUCCACUGCAAAAGUCCUACAUUUAUGAGGAGUCCCAACAGUCUUUUAGAUACACAUCUGCCUUCUUGGUUAAAAAUACCACAUUGCAGAAACGGUAUGAGGCCUUUCGCACAAAGAGAAGAAACAUCUGUUACUCAGAAGAGGAACUGGAGGAGUCUUUUGGCUUCUUGCUGUUUGAGGAUAAAACCAUGGCUAUUACAUUGGCAGAAGUUGGUGUUGUAGCUGGACACAGCACUUGCUCAACACUUGGUGAUCCUUCUAAGGGUGUGUACGUAUCUAAGUAUUCAGAUUGCCUGGACCUCAACCGCUGGUACCAGGGGAAAUCUGGCUACAUUGCCAUAAUUCGGCUGACCAAGGGCAGAAUCAAUAAGGUAACAGAGAACUAUACUCAGAACUUCACUUCUCCAACUGUGGGAUAUGACUGCCAUGUGUCAGAGCAGCUUGAUAAUGUAUCUGCUAACACCAGUUCCUUCCUGGCAUUUGAGCGAAGCCAGUAUUACAUGUAUGAGCUUCUGGAUGGUGGAAACGCAACAGCCCGGUCUCCCAGCCAUGCCUGCCCCUUUGCUAUUGUAUCUUUCUCCUACGGGGAUACCAAAGCAACCACCGUAGAACCUCAAGAGAAAAGUGAGGAGGGGAAAGCAGUAUUCAACUACUACCCAUGGAAGGGUCAGCUACAAAUUAGGUCCAAGGUCUAUCAUGUGGGUUUGAAGUCCAGCACUGGAGCCUUAAUACCAGCAAAACUGCCAACAGUUGUGGAAGCUAGCAGAGCCAUUGCCAUGGUGGAUCUAAAGAUGUUUCUACCAAAGGCUGUGUUUGAAACCUGUUUUACUGGUGAAGUUUCUUUGGAUGGUAUGUGCUGCAGUUUGUACCAGUUGGUUCCCUCUGAGGCUGAAGACUCCUCUCUUUCUCUGCUCACACUGGAGCUCAAGGUUAAAGACCUGGCUCUCACAGUACAACUGAACGACGGUGGUUUUCUUAUACUGUUACAUUCCUCACAGUUCCUCACCUAUGAAGACGCUGGGUCCAAUACUCCAGAGGUACUGCAAGGAAUGUUUGUGUUCCCAGACUCUAGAGCUAUACAAAGAGACACCAAGAUCUGUCAGACAAAGCCCUGCCUUUCACCAGAAGUCCUUCUGGUCUUGCCAGCCUUGAGCUAUGCUGAGACUGAGGUGGAUAAGUGUCUCCUGGAUCAAAAGGAGGAGUUGUGUGAAGUAAUGGAGCAACAUAUUCAGAAUUAUGCUGCUCUUAUACACCCAGGGCUGGAAGUCAGUCCAUCCAGGGAGGCCAGUUUCUUUCCAGAUCAGUAUGAUGUUCCGGAUGCUCUCAAAUAUUUGUACUCCUCCCCGGUGUGGACAGACAAGGCAUUUCAACGUCUUCAGUCAUACUUGAACCGGCCAAACCCCUUUCAGCUGUCUGUUUCCAAGGCUACAGAGCUUUUGGCAGCUGGACGAGAGGAACGAGGAGAUGAGCAAGAUGACGAUGUUUACUACUGUCUGUCUUCUCCAGAGGGAGGCCCUAGAACUCCAGCGAGUUGUGGCACAGAGGGACAGUCAGGUGGAGAGAUCCCUGUCUAUGCUUACACACAGAUGUGUAGAGAUGCAAGUGAAACAGGCCUAGAAAAUAUAAGGAAAGACAUUAAUUCAGUGGUGUCUGAACAAUCCGCUCUUUCCCAGCUUGCAGUAUUAGCCAAAGACUUGCAUGAACCAGCCACCGCAGUAUAUUUAACAGCAGACCGUCUCACAGAGGUAACAGAGGCCUCAGCUUCACUAACAUCUGAUGACAUCUCUACAGGAUUGGUGGCUAGUGUUACCUCAGCUCAAAGAACUAUCCCUGUUUUCCCUGAGGAGGAAAAAUGUGACAUGCAGAAUGCUGCAUUGGCAAACUCCAGGGCCGGUCAGUUAGAACUCCAGGUCUGUAGCUUUCCAAAUAACAAAUUACAAGUGGAGCAUAACAAUUCCUCUAAUGGAAAAUUUGCAGUGAAAAAAAUCAUUUCUGAACUCCCAGAGACCACCCCACAAUUGAAAGUUGACUGGAGGAAACUUCCAAGACGCCGCCGUAAGGUUCAAGGUGGUUUACAGUCUCAAGGAAAUCAAGAUGGAAAAUUAACUAAGAGGGUGUUAAGGUCUUCUGCACAGAUAGUUCAAUAUAAAGAACCUGAAACGGAAGAGAAUGUUGUGCUUUCCCACCCGCUGAAAAGGAAAACAGAACGGUGGGACUUAAAGGCUAUCACAACCAAAUGUGGAAGAAUCUUUGUUCCGCAUGGUUCAGAAGAUGUUUCUAAGGAUACACAGUCACUGGGAGAUAGGAGGAGACGGAAACCUCAUGAAGAAUGUAUUGGUGAAAGGAUGGUUGAAGCUUUGGUACAGGUGAAAAGCUAUAGCUCUGCUUUGGAGAUGAUAAGGAGAAAGAGAUCAAUCACAGAGACUACGGAUGGAGAACAGAAUUCCCCAAAUUCUGACUGCAGUGUGGUACACUCUGAGAAUAAAGCGCUUAAUGAUGAUACUGAUUUACUUAACAGGAAUUCAGAUGCUAAGGACAAUUCAUCCAAGGUCAUCCUGACACAGGUCAACUGCACAACUUCGCUUGCCAUAGAACCCCCUGCUUCUCUUUCCAACGAUAAAGGAACAAAAAAGCGGGAAUUUGUUGCAUUAUCCUUCAGCAAGUUAAAGAAAGUUCUGUCAAGAGGGGGGAAAGGGAAACCUCCUCAGCCUGUUGACCAAAAUCAGGAUUCAACAUCGUUGACCACUGAACCUUUGCCAAAAAAGAGCAAGAUUGACAAAGGCACAGAAACUUUGGAAAAUGUAAAUAUGAGUGAAUUGGACAAACUCACCCUGGAUGUGGGCACUGUUGAAGUCACUCAGACGAAGCCUUUAGACCCAGACUUGGCAAGGGCAUUAGGUUUGGCGCCCAAGGCGUUAAGGGAUGAUACACAGAAAACUCCAAAAAGUGAUUCUCAGUUGAGAAAAGGCUCUUUAAGAAAAGUGGAUCCGACUACACCUAAAGGAAAGUCAGACAAAAUGCCUCAGCCUUCGCCUAGCUCUUUCCCAACUUCCCCUACAAUGGGACGAAUGAGACCCCUUCAGAAGCGGGGUGUGUCCACUGAGACAAUCAGGAAAAAAUGGUGGUUGCAUUUUCACACUCCAGCUUCUUUUGCCAGUGAAAGACUAGAAAAAACUAAAUCUCCAGAACUACCACCAGUUUCUAGGAGUUGUUCAGUCAGUAAGGGCCAUUGUCUGCAGGAGGUGGUGAAUAGUGCAGACCCGCCCACAGACGCCCUGACGUUACUUGCUGAUUUGGCCCUCUGUGGCAGUAAUGACAAAGUCUUGCCACUGCCAGAUCCAUUGCUUGGUCCAAGUUUGGAGACAUACAGUGCUAGUUCUCCUAAGCCACAGUCACUUCUUCAUGAUAUGCUAAGACCUUCCGCUGGUAAACCUUGCCUCCCUGCCGAGUCCCUGCUGCCAAAAGUUGUCAAGGAAAUAGAGGAGGUGGUUGUCUUAAUUUCUACAGAGCAUUCUUACUCAUUGCCCCCAUCCUCCUCUCUAUUGGGUUUGUCAGGUGCUUUCCUCCAAGUCCCCGCUCUUUCCAGGACCGAGGGACUCCAGCAACAUCACAAGGAUAUCUUUGGUGAUGGAACUCAAGCACUAUUUGCGUUCUUACGUCAGGAUAACACCAGAGAUGAACUUAACAAGUCUCAACAAAACCUCAACAAAAGCUUGUUGCGCAGGAGAAAACUCCGGCGCUCACGUAGCUUUACUGAAAAAGAUGGCUCUCUUCAAGUGACGAGGCGGUGGAAGGAAAACUAUGACUUCAGUCUUGACAGCAAGUUUACUAAUGACCUUAAGGAUAAAACAGUCAUAAGAGCCCUUCAUGGUGCCUGGGAUUUCAACAUCAAGGAUACUAAUGAGCAGAUCCAACUCAUUAUCCACAUGUGGAUUGGUCUGUUUUACAGCAAGUCAACUUCUAGGUUCUUUCACAUAGACCCAAGUCAUGCAUAUUGUGUAGAAAGAAGUUGUGCUGAAACGCUUCAUGAAACAGUUUCAGACGAUGUUUCCUCUAAGAUCAAAACCAGUUCUUCUGAGUUAGGAGUCUCUAGCAGGACGUCAGAUUCUGAUCUUUUGGACCUUAGUAAAGGGGCUCCAAAAGAACCACUUCAAUUAAACCUUGAAAUUAAGGUAUUGGACCUUUCAACAAAAAACACUGAAGUGGUGGACGGAAACAACAGCAGAGAGGGCUUGCCUAUGGCUUUCAAAGACAGUGAAGAUGGACACAAUUUACCAAGUUGCAGUGAAAUUGUGGAUGGACAAGACAAAGAAUGCCAUUCAGAUGAUGCAGAAAGAAGCAACAUUCCCUUAAAAAAGGAUGUAAUUCUAGAAGAUUCAGACUUAAAAUCUUCAAAACAUGAUGGAUUAUGCAGUAUUUCAUGUGACACAAAAGGAACUAUGUGCAUUCAUCUUGAAGACAUGCCAGAGACCAACAGAGUUGAGAGGAUUUUAGAGGGCGACUACAUAUGUAACUCUCGAGAAUCCGAGAGGAAUUGUGAUGGAGAACAGAUCUUACCUCAAGUUACAAUGGUGCAAGUUGAAAGUCACAAUUCUUCCAAAACAAUGGCUUGCACAGAAGUGGAGGAGAGUUGCGAAGGUGAGGCCCAAACUGAGGUGAAUAAAUCCAGAGAUGGAGGUCACAUUGAGGACAUGCAAAAACAAGAUCUUAAAAAGAAUGAUUCGGCAGAAGACGACCCAUCACUCAUGGAUGUGGAUACCCCUACAAAAAAGGAAAUGGGGCCUGAUUAUAAAGUACAUUUGAGUUCUGAACCACAACCAGGUUUGAAUGUCGGGAAGGAUUCCAUUGAUAAGGCUCCCAUUGUGCAGGAGGAAAAUCUUUCAAAUGGUCAAGCUUAUCAACCAGUGCCUGAUGGAAUACUUUCUAAAGACGAGUUUGAAAUUGAAAUGCUGAAUAGAAUUGUUUCAAAAGCAGAGGGCCGACCACUGGUCUGCAAUGGCAGUGAUCACAGAGGAAAUGUUCUUCCUGAGCUAUAUGAAAAGAACACUUCUAGAACAAAAUCUGCUGAUGCGGGUGAUGGAAUUGAUUGUAUACCUACUUUACCAACAGUGGUAUAUAAGGAGUUAGCGUUUGAGUCACCAUUUGCAGUUCAAUGUGUAACUGAUUCAAAAGAUAAGUCACUGCGCGUGCAUUGUAAACGAAGUUCAUUAGUGCAGGCUGGUAAUGGGGCCAUAGGUGAUGGACUACCAAUGGAACAUAGUGAUGAUGUACUUGUACCCAAAGCUCCAUCAGAGAUUCUUGAAGGGGCUAAAUUUAAAGGUGUGGUUCUACCUAAUAAUGAGACUGCUACCGCCUUUGAUAGAGACAACCUUUUAGUAGGCGAGUCAAAGCCAGUCACAGGCAGCCAUUUGAAUUUGCUUUGUGGAGAAACCAUAGGUCAAGUUAACGAGUUUGCUCUUAAUUAUGGAAAUGGUAAUUGUACAGAUCAGGAAAACAUGUUAGUACAGAGUAAGGGAAUGUUUGAUAUUAAUGCAGCUCAAAGUCAUCAAGGGCUCCAGCUUUCUGAAGAUGCAGUGCAUUGCCAGAUAGAAAUACCAAUGCUAGGAGUAGAGAAUUCCAUGAAGGGUAUUACAGACAAUGAUGUAGUAGAUUCAAGAGAGGACAUCACACACUCCAAGGUCUCGCAUCCACAAAAUGAGACGUCCAGGGCUGUGCAAGAUGAUAAGAUGAUACUACAGUAUGAAGUAGAUUCCAUUGCAGAUGUCACAAAUGAAGAGGUCAGUGUUGAUUCAUCGAUGGGUAUUCCAGAACUGGUGGUUAGAUUGGAAUCGAAGAUGGAUGCCUCAAAACCAGAGACUUCAGAAGACUCUUGCAUGGAUAUCACACCGUCUGAAGUUUUACAUCUACAAGAUGACCCAUCAAACCGUGUGCAAGGUCAUAUCAAAACUCCAAUGAAUGGAAAGGACUUUAAAUUCUUGGAAACAAAGGUAUCACAUUCAUCAAAUGAGAUGGAUGAAAUUGGGAGACAUCGGGUAGAAAUACCACUAAUUGGAGCUAGUUUUUCAAGUGAGUACACCCCACAGACAGAGGGUUUUGAAACAAAUUUGGUUGCAGAUGAAGUGUUUUACAACAACCUCCAAAUGGCUGCAAAGGAGAGAUGCCAAACUCCAACUGUGGAUGAAAUGCCCUACGAUGCCAGCCCUUGGCCUGGGAGUUUGAGUGUCUUAACUCCAUCAACACUAUAUCCAUUUAUCAAACACCCAAACUCAGGAAUAAGAAGAAGCUCAACACCGACACAAGAUGAAUUACCAUUGGAUCACACAACUUCUGAGGACAGUCAGCCUGGGAAUACUAUUCAGUUGACAAAUUCUAAUGGUAACAGCAUUUGUAACCUCCAUAGUGGUCUUGCUCUAGAGAAAGAAUAUUUUAAUGAACUUACUUCUGGAAUUCCUCACCUUGUGGAGAAAGAGAUACAUAAACCUACAGACAGCCUUAACGAACCCAAUGAUCUAGAAAACCACCUUUCUUCAAAACAAGCCCCCAUCAAAUCCUUCUCCAUUAACCCAACUCCAAGUUUUGCAAUACCAUUAAACCUUAAACCCCAUCUUAACAACACAAUUGACAAAAAAGGAUUUACUAAAUGCCAUUCAGACAAAACCAAUACAUGUGUAAUCCCACUGGGAAAACAGCACAGUCUUUCCACAGAAGGAACCUCAAAGUCUUCUUAUUACCCUCAAACUCAGAAAUCUAAUGAACCCCGCCCAAGCAGCCAGCGACCAGUGAUGGCUGUAAAACCCUCUACGAGUGAGGAAAACAGAGCAGAAAACGUUGUCAUUGAACAAAUUGACUACACUCUGACUCCAGAUGUCUUCAGUGCAGAACCUGCCUACCUAAACACUACUGUUCUCAGUACUAGUACACUAUUAGCUACUGAUAUGAGAAUACAGAGUGACAUCUCCACUGGAGUCUCAGAGGAAAUGGAUGAAAAGGAGGAAUUUGAGGGAGUUCAAGAUGAAACUGAAUUCAUCCAAGAGGCAGAAUGGCUACCCAAAGAGCAACACAUUGUUAGGACAUUAAACUUCAGUAAAGCAAAAUCUGUAGACAGAGAAUCCUCUUCUCAGUAUCAAGAGUGGGACAAACAGGAAUAUGAUAAGGUUUUGCAUUCCAGCAGAGCCAGUUCAUCCUCCACAAAAUUAGUAAAAACAGACAUAAAUACAUCCCAAACACAAAAGGACUGGUAUCAGUAUUGCCAUGCUGAAGAGAGAAGGACGCUUGUCAAAAGUUGGCUUGAUGAGAAUGAUGACAAUUACAACAUGAGAAAGUCAUCCUUAGUUGCAGCUUUGGAUCACAGUGAAAACAGGGUCACCAAUGACAAACCGAUUGUGAGUCCCUCAAUAAACAUGCACACCAGAACAAUUAUAAAUACAAACAUUAAGGGCUCUAAUUGUUCUCUGGCAGAAUUAGCUGGGAACUGGACUCAACCUGAUCUCACCCAAUCCUCUAUGGACAAAGAGUGUCUUAUCUUCUCAGAAAAGAUGAACCAGAUACUGAAAGGCAAAAGGAGGGGUAACUGCCACGACAAGGCUACUAGUUACAGCAGUAGCUUGAGGCACCACAAGUCAGAAUGUUCUUCCGGUGGCAGCCCUGUGACUGUGUGCUUCUCUAGCCUGAAAGAUGUGGAUAGCCCAGAGGAGCAUUGUGAGGCACUUCCAUCACUUAUGAAACAAAAGAUUAAAGUGGCAAUGCCUGAAAGGUGUGGUAUGACUGACACAACAGAUGGAGAAACCUCUUUGCAUCUUCAGAAAUUAUACUGUGCAAACGGUGAUGAAGCAGCACAUUCCAAGGUCUCGGACAUGGCUGUGGAAUGUGCCAAGUUAUACAGUGCCAUGAUGGAUGAUGUUUGUGCUGGCAAAAAACACCCAUCCAAACCAGAGAAGCAUGUAGAAGACAUCAAUUCAUCCAAUACCAGACCUUGCAACAACAUAGACUUCUGUGGCCAGAUAAAAAGAGAUCUGUAUGACAGCCUGCAUGACAAACUGAAUUCUGUCGUAAGACAGUCCUGUAAGAUCAAGUUCAGGUUCUUUAUGCUGGUGACAUCAACAGAUACCUUCUUCAGAGAGACCAAGGAGCUAUUGGAGUCAGAGGGCCACUAUGAGGUAGGACCACCUCAGUUCUUCCUUAAUGAGGAUGUUCCCUCAUCACCUUUAAUCAUCAUCAUAAGAAAUGAAGAUAUUGCCGAUCACAUUUGUGAGGUCCCUCACUUGCUGGAGCUGAAGAAGUCACCUGGUGUAUUGUUUGCUGGUAUUGACCGGCCAGAUGACAUUGUCAACCUCACCCAUCAGGAACUGUUCAGCAAAGGUGGAUUUGUAGUGUUUGAAGGAACUGCGCUGGAGGUCCUCAGUCUUUGCAACAUGAAAAAAAUGGCACAUUUCUUAGAGGAGAUGAGUAAGAAAGGAAAGUGGAAAUGGAUGUUACACUACAGAGACAGCCGUUUGCUAAGAGAGCAUGCACGGUCAAGUGCUGAGGCACAAGAAAAGAAGCUAUACAUGGAUUUCUGCCAGGAAACUGGAAUGGUGGAGGUAUUGCCUUACCAUGAGUGUGAUGUCAUUUCAAAAGAGCGCCCCAACUACCUCCAGUGUUUAGUUCGCCUGCAAGUCCAGAAUAUAAAAGCCCGUUUUCCUGUUUUCAUAACUGACACAACGGCAGACAAUGCAUUUGCUAAACAUGGCAUCUUAACAAUGAAUAUAAACUCUUUCCUGCUGAUUUCACAGACUGACUCAUGCACAAUUUCAUAAAAACAUGAACAAGUUGGGUGCACAGGGAGUGAAAUUGAUCAGAUGCCUGAUUGCAUGAUUUCCACCCAAAAAUUACCAAGUCUUGAUCAAACAAUUUUUACAUACGAUUUCUAUUUUAAAUGACACCCCAAUGUCAUAUGACUUACAUUUCUUAGAAACUUUCUUGAAUCUUUUGUACUUUUUGUGCCAUUUAAGAAAUGAUGGCAUCUUGUAUAUAAUGGAGAUAUUUAUUUUGUGUGGUUUUACAUAGCAGACAAUGCAUAGUAUUUCAAUCUGUAUAUUUGGAAAAAGGCUGAAUUUUAUAGUUAAAACAUUAUUUUAUGAUGUUACUUUAUUUGCCCAACUGGAAACCUCCAAAUUGGGCUAACAGAGCUUCUUACAAAUAAACUACUUUUUAAAUGUU